AUGCUUAGUCAUUUGGUUUCUGGUGCUAUUUUGUGUCUUCUGGCCUCAGCUUCUGGCUUUGUGCCUCGAGGCGCCCCUGGUGUUGACGAGAGCUUUGGCUUGUAUGCCUAUGGUGAAUCCAUUGGUGGACUUUCACUUUUCUACGCUGAUGGCAAGGCCUUCAUCGGUGAUCCAUCAAACUCAACUUCAUCCUCCGCCAUCCCGGUCUCUUUCAAACGGUCUUCCGACUCUUCUUCUACCGAAUGGAUUGCCAAUCCAAACACCACUACCACCACCAACACUACUGAUCGCUGGUGCGAUGAACUAUUGUACAUCCCCAGCUCAUCAUCUUCUUCGUACCAGAUGGGCUUUACCUCGAAAACCGAGUCCAACGAGACCACUACUGGAUUUAUAUUCUACGGGCAGUGGGUGAUGGUCGAAACUGGAUCUGGGGAUAUCUCUUCCAGUUUCUACGUCAAGGCGUCGACCGAGGGCGAGGGGAUUUAUUCUCUGCUGUGGAAUGUCACUGAUGAUGACAGCGUGAUUUCGAUUUCGCUGCGCUCGGUUAAGCCGUCUAACUCGUGA